AUGUGUUUUCAUGGAUUGGCCUUGAAUGUCGAGGGUGCUUCCAGGGCUGCAUUUUAUCAAUUGGGUCAUUCGAGUCCAAUCAAAACCCAGCUGAGAAGUUAUCGGAAAAGUCAGUUUCCGGCAAUAUUUCGGGUGAGUCAAAGACCUAAUAGAGUGUUUGUGAGAAUGGCUUCUGGUGGUGGACAGGAGUUCCCUCCUCAAAAGCAGGAUGCCCAGCCUGGUAAAGAGCAUGCUAUGGACCCAACUCCACAGUUCACCAACCCUGAUUAUAAGCCCUCUAAUAAGCUCCAGGGAAAGGUAGCAGUAGUGACUGGUGGAGAUUCUGGGAUAGGAAGAGCUGUAUGCCAUAUUUUUGUGAUUGAAGGGGCAACCGUGGCCUUCACAUAUGUGAAGGCUCAUGAGGAUAAAGAUGCUAAUGAUACCCUUCAGAUGCUGAAGAAACAUAAGACUGCUGAUGCGAAGGAUCCUAUUGCUAUACCAGUGGAUUUGGGGUUUGAUGAGAAUUGCAAGAGAGUGGUUGAUGAGGUGGUGAACGCGUUUGGCCGGAUCGAUAUUUUGGUUAACAAUGCAGCUGAGCAGUAUGAGUGUAGCUCUGUGGAGGAGAUUGAUGAGCAGAGGCUUGAAAGGGUGUUUCGGACUAACAUCUUCUCUUACUUCUUCAUGACCAGGCAUGCCUUGAAGCACAUGAAAGAAGGCAGCUCCAUAAUCAACACAACAUCAGUUAAUGCAUAUAAGGGAAACUCCAAGUUACUGGACUACACAGCAACCAAAGGUGCAAUUGUGGCUUUCAUUAGAGGACUUGCACUACAGCUUGCUAGCAGAGGAAUACGCGUUAAUGGUGUUGCCCCUGGACCCAUUUGGACGCCACUGAUACCAGCAUCAUUCAAAGAAGAGGAGGUUGCUAAUUUUGGGAAACAAGUGCCUAUGCAAAGAGCUGGCCAGCCGGUUGAGGUUGCGCCUAGCUAUGUGUUCCUUGCUUGUAACCAUUGCUCCUCUUACAUAACUGGCCAAGUCCUUCACCCUAAUGGUGGUGUCAUAGUGAAUGGCUGA